AGCUUUCCUUUUUAAGAGCUUUCUCUCUCUUCUGAAUCGUCGUCUUCUUCACACAAUGCGAGUCUUUCCCAACUCGUCCAUGGCGAUUCUCUCUGUUUUUCUCUUAACCCUUCUCCUCUCUUUCCCUCUUCCAUCUACACAAGAUCUCAACGCCGACAGAGCUGCUCUUCUCUCUCUCCGUUCCGCCGUCGGAGGCCGUACCUUUCUCUGGAACAUCAAACAAACCUCGCCGUGUAACUGGGCCGGCGUCAAAUGCGAGGAUAACAGAGUCACCGCCCUCCGUCUCCCCGGCGUUUCUCUCUCCGGUGACAUCCCUGAGGGUAUUUUCGGUAACUUAACUCGGCUCCGUACGCUCAGCCUUCGUCUCAAUGCUCUCUCUGGCUCACUCCCAAACGAUCUCAGUACUUCCGCCAAUCUCCGUCACCUUUACUUGCAAGGCAACAGAUUCUCCGGCGAGAUACCUGAGGUUUUAUUCAGUCUUACAAACCUCGUGAGACUUAAUCUCGCUUCCAACAGCUUCACCGGAGAGAUCUCCUCUGGUUUCACGAACCUCACGAGACUCAAGACUCUGUUUUUAGAGAAUAAUCAGCUCUCUGGCUCAAUCCCUGACUUAGAUUUACCGUUGGUUCAGUUCAACGUCUCCAAUAACUCGUUGAACGGAUCUAUACCUAAGAAUCUGCAGAGGUUUAAGUCUGAUUCGUUUCUACAGACUUCACUUUGUGGCAAACCGCUUAAGCUUUGCCCUACUGAAGAAACUGUACCGAGUCAGCCGAGUUCUGGUGGAAACAGAACACCACCAAGUGUUGAGGGAAGCAAUGAGAAGAAGGAAAAAAACAAACUUUCCGGUGGAGCUAUUGUCGGAAUUGUGAUCGGAUGUGUGGUUGGUUUCGCUUUGAUGGUUCUGUUACUAAUGGUGCUCUGCAGGAAAAAGGGUAAAGAGAGACCAAGAGCUGUCGACGUUUCAACAAUCAAACAGCAAGAAACUGAAAUUCCCGGCGACAAAGAAGCGGCGGACAACGGAAAUGUAUACUCUGUGUCUGCUGCUGCAGCUGCGGCGAUGACCGGGAACGGAAAAGUUGGAGAAGGGAAUGGUCCAGCAUCGAAAAAGCUUGUGUUUUUCGGUAACGCGACUAAAGUUUUCGAUCUUGAAGACUUGCUGAGAGCUUCAGCGGAGGUUUUGGGGAAAGGAACUUUUGGUACGGCGUAUAAGGCGGUGCUUGACGCUGUGACGGUUGUGGCAGUGAAGAGGCUGAAGGAUGUGAUGAUGGCUGAUAAAGAGUUCAGGGAGAAGAUUGAGUUGGUUGGUGCGAUGGAUCAUGAGAAUUUGGUGCCAUUGAGAGCUUACUAUUUCAGCAGAGAUGAGAAGCUUCUUGUCUAUGAUUACAUGCCUAUGGGAAGCUUAUCAGCUCUCUUACAUGGAAACAGAGGAGCGGGGAGGAGUCCACUAAACUGGGACGUCCGAUCACGGAUUGCUAUUGGUGCAGCUCGUGGGUUAGACUACCUUCACUCACAAGGCACCAUGACCUCUCACGGCAACGUCAAAUCCUCAAACAUCCUCUUAACAAAAUCUCACGGCGCUAAAGUCUCAGACUUUGGCUUAGCCCAGCUCGUAGGAUCAUCAGCAACAACUCCAAUCCGCACAACCGGUUACCGUGCGCCAGAAGUAACAGAUCCAAAACGCGUGUCGCAGAAGGGAGACGUGUACAGCUUCGGAGUUGUGUUGCUUGAGCUGAUCACAGGUAAAGCUCCUUCGAACUCGGUGAUGAACGAGGAAGGAGUCGAUUUGCCGAGAUGGGUCAAAUCAGUGGCGAGAGAUGAGUGGAGGAGAGAGGUUUUCGACUCGGAGCUGCUUAGCUUGGCGACGGAGGAAGAAGAGAUGAUGGCGGAGAUGGUGCAGCUAGGUAUUGAGUGUACGUCACAACAUCCAGACAAGAGGCCGGAGAUGUCUGAAGUGGUUAGGAAGAUUGAGAAUUUGCGACCUUAUUCUUCUUCAGACCAAGUGGAUGAAGCUGAUUAAUUAAAGUCAAAAGCUGUUUAAUUCGUUGAAGUUUUUAAUUAUUUAAUUGUAAUGAAAUGGUUGGGGUUUCUUAAUUCAAUUUUUAAUUUUUGACCCU